UAACCUUUGGAAGUCCAAACACAUUGGAGAGUAAUUCUCACGAAUACAAAAAAUUACGUGCACAUUCUGAUUCAGGAUCUGCAAGAUAACAAAAUUUAUUAAGAACGGAUAAUUAUCCGUGUAAAUAAUUUUUGACAGAUAAAUGCAUGACAAGUGAUGCUUCUGUCAAGUACCAGGUGUUCUAAUAGAAAACUUAGACGAACUUUAAGCAGAUUGUGUAACACCUGUCUUUCAUUCCUGAUGCAACAGUCUGCGAGAAAUUGCACAAAUGCCCGGCGAUGGAUAGCUGUGGCCGUUCUAUUCUCACUGUGCAUGGUUACAUUCUUCCUGUUGGGCACCAUGCGUCUUCCUCCACACCUCAACCCAGACACAAGCAAAUGGUUACCAUAUAAAUCACAGCCAGUCAAGGACAAGUUAUGGUUUGAGCAUUCAUGUUUGAAGACUGGUACACCAGAUGUAUUUGAAGAUCUAGAGGUCAUGAUGACUGAGUGGAGGAAGUCCAAAGAUAAAGAGUGCAGGAAGCUGUUUUUCACAUUUCUGAAGUUAUUCAGGCUAACAUUCCAGGAGGCAGAAAUAGUUAUCCCAGAUGCUUUCUCUUCAAAAGUUAGAAAAUGGCUUGGAAAUAAGGAAGAAUUAUUUGCUGAGGCAAAAAAGCAGAAAAUCAUAUCCGUGUAUAAUAGAUAUACACGUGAACAGAAUGUGUAUAACCCUAUCAGGAGUAAACGUCCUAUGUCUAUACCUAAAAUUCCUGAACGACAAUACAUCGACCAGAUUGCUAGAGAGACAAAAGACAGCUGUGAUUUCUGUAAAUAUAAAGACUCCACUGCCCAGGAUGUGUUUGGACGUAUUGACAAUAAAUAUUCUUACAGUGCCUCGAAUACGUUUAAGCUUGACCGAUGGCAUGCACUGUUUAUGUUAAAAUCCCAUCAUCCACAUAACUGGACACAAGAACAAUUCUUAGAUCUAAUGCUUACCAGCCAGCAGUGGUUUGACAAAGUGUAUAAAAUAGACAGUUCCUAUAAAUACCCAUCAUUGAUAUGGGACCUUCUACCUCAUGCAGGGGCUAGUCAAGUUCAUCCUCAUAUUCAUGGUUUCCUUGAUAAAGAUGCAUACCAAGGUGUGAUGGAGUUAUGGAAGAAGGCCGCAUUAGAUUACAAUACUGAAGUUCCGGAUCAUAAUUACUUCACAGAUAUUAUAGAGAUGCAUUCUAUAUUAGGUCUUACUGUAAACUAUGGCAAAGCUGUUGCCUUCGCUAAUUUGGUACCAAAGCGUGAUAAUGAGAUUGUAAUAGUCAGUGAGAAGGCAGACAGGGAUUUUUACCUACUCUGGUAUUAUGUGAUGAGAGGUUUCUUGGAUGACAUGGGUGAUGGUAGUUUAUGUUUUAGUUCUGGCAUAGCUCUUCCAAGUAUGACUGGUGUCACUGGUAGUAAUUCACUUCCUGCUUAUGUACGUAUACUUACACGAGGGCCAGUAGCCGAUAUACGUGCUGAUGUCAGCUCCUUAGAAUUAUUUGCGGCAUCCAAUGCGAACACUGACCCGUAUAGGAUUAUAAAAGUUAUGCAAAGAUCAGUGAAAAACAGAGGUGCUAGAACAAGAUAGUGUUAUCAUUAUAGUGAAAAAUUUGUCAAAUGUCAUACAGAAAAACUUGUCAUCUGUUCUUGUGAAAAAACUGUCAUCUGUGAUUUAACAACGGCCAAUGAGAUUUAGUGUAGAACAAUGUACAAAGUGCGUUUCUUGUGUAAUUGACUUGAUUUUUCCAAAGUUUUAAGCUGACCUCACCCUUUCAUUCAUAUCAUGUCUUCAUUCUUAUAGAAUAAUAUUACUCAUAUUUAUUUGCUAUUCCGUGCCAUUCUAGUCAGUGAAUUUUUUAACUUUCUUUUUGCAUAAAAUUAGGGUUGAAAUUAGCCUUUUCCUAAUAGACAGUAUUGUUUGAAUUUCCCAAUUUUAUCCCAAUUAUUUCCCCAAAAAAUCCUAAAGAUUUUUCCUAGUAUGCUCAAAUGUGGUUUUGUAUGAAAAACAUCACUAAUAAAGUAUGUAUCAUCAUCUGAAAAAAGUGAGUGUUUGAAAAAGUUGUUUAAGUUUUCUUGUAUCUUUUAUCAUGUAAAAACAUGUAUGGUUUGUUGCAAAAUAAUGAAAAGAAAAAAAAUCACUGAUUUUAGUGUAAGAUUUUAGUUUAAGAACAUGUGAUAAUCAUUUGUAUGCUGUGCUUAUUUUGUUUUAACCCUUAACCUGUCAAAUUUCUUAAAUGGACUCAUCCAGCGUCCAAUAUUUGGAACUGUCCAUUAUCAGUUUUGGUGAUGUCGGGUUGAAAAAUGGUUAGCUAACAAUAUAGAGCCUGUUCAGAUUGCUCAUAAAUUUUGGACUGGAGAUAUCAAGAUAAAAAAUAUGCCUUUGGUCACCGAUCAAUUGUUGGAGAUAUCAAGAUAAAAAUAUGCAGUUGGUCAGCCAUCAAUUGUUGGAGAUAUCAAGAUAAAAAUAUGCAGUUGGUCUGCCAGUUUUGGUGAUGUCAGGAUGAAAAAUGGUAGCUAACCCUUUAACCUGGCUCUAUACUGGUGGCAAAGGCGUAUUACUUUUUGGUCCAGCAGGUUAAGGGUUAACUGAAGACUGAAUGUUAUGUAUUUAAGCUUAAUAUUUGUUUUUGUUCCAGUUUUCUGUUUUUGUAUUGUCCAAUUUAUAGAAGUGUCAGUUAAGUAAUGAAAACAUUUUAAUAUCUUGCAUGACCCCCUCUCUGAUAGUCCAGAAAUCUGUGAUCUAAUAACUUGAAACAUUCUAAAAAUAUUCAAUGGAGAAUUCCUGGACAGCUAUGUAAACAUAAUAAAUGAAAAUUGCAGACACAGUCUGUCUGACCGUGUUUAUUCAUUAGAGACAAUAAAAAUUCUAUCAUCACCUACAUCUCUUAGAAAUGGCUUUUUAUGCAGUAUGCAAUCUUCAGUUCUGCUAGUUUUAGAAAAGGACCAGAAAAAAGUGCAAUGGUACUUAGAUUAGGUACUUAGUUACUUUUUAAUAUUGCCACAUACUGGUAGCAUUUGACUCUUGCUUUAGUGACUUUUGCCAAGAUUCGAGUUUGGAACAGUCCAUUUAAGUUUAAGGGAGGUCAGUAUCAAAAUAAGAAAAAUUGGGCUUCUAACACAUUAGAGACUGGUUUAGACUGCAUGGAAGUACAGGCUGGCCUGCUCUAUACUGAUGGCAAAAGCUGAUCAUUUGUGGUUCCAGAAGGUUAUUGGUUCACAAAUACAAAUUAUCAUACUUGUAACUUGUAGUGAUUGAUAUAAAGAUCUCAUAGUUUGGAGGAGAUACCAGUAUUAUACUAGUCCACAGCUCCAUGUGGAGUCAUUUACAGAAUAACUUAUAUGGUAUAAAGCUUUAUAAUGGCCUUAGGGGUGUCAUGUUUAUCCAUUUAAAUGGGUUGGGUCAGUUUUUAACCAAAAUUAAAAACCAGUUAGAAAGUUGAAUAACCAGAAACCAAGGUUAGUAUAUAUAUGACCAAUAGCUGAAGCAACUUUAGAUUGGGUUUUACCAUUACUUUUGUUUCUUUAUGACAAGAUAUAACAUUCUGUUGAAUUUCAAAUGUAUUUUUUCCAAUUGCUUGCUAUUGUACCAUUUACUGUACAGAACGAUCCUAAAGGACAACAGUUUCUUCAUAAACAGAUAUGUUUUGUCAUAGUUGUCGAGUAUAACAAAAUACGGACAAAAUGUGUUGUCUUAUAAUAAAAAACCAAUUGAAAUAUAAGAAUUAUUUUGGUAAUUGCUUGUUUAAACACGGAUAUUAAGUUGCCGUUUAAACGGUAAACAUUUUCUUGACCGUGGCAUCCCUUAAAUUGGACUAUAUGUACAUGUAAUUGAUAGAGUGUUUGUAUCUUAAUCUAAAAAAAAAAAAUCUUGCCAUGUACCUGAAAUGGAAGACUGAUGUUUGUAAAUUUCUGAGAAAGCAAAUGGCACAUGCACAUAAUCAUUGUUAAAUGAACUAAAAAUGACUGAAAUAUUUUGUUAGGGAAUAUUUUGUAUGGUUUUCUUAUACUUUUGAUGUGCGUUCAAUGAAUAUUUCAUUUGGUUUCCGUACGUUAAAUGAACAUUAAAUAUAACUUUAGACCCUUUAAUAUUUAUUUUGAAGUUUGUGGUGUGUGUGUGUGUGUGUGUGUGUGUGUGUGUGUGUACACUUUUUGAACAUAUUAUUGCAUAUUUUAAUUUAAUUAUCAUCUCAAGUAUUUGUUAUCAUAUCAUCACCAUCCUUUUAUUGUAAAUGCUAAAUUUUGUUGAUUUUAAGCUCACCUGAGCUUUAAGGAUUGAUAGUUAAAGGCACAUUAUGCCUCUGAAACAAAUAAUUUUUUCUUUCUUUAUAAAGGGCAAAUAUGAAAUUUAUAAUUUUAAAAUGAUGGUUUUAAAGCAUGUUACAUGAAAGAAGUGCCAGAUAUAAAUGCUUUUUGCUGUUUAAGUAAUAAAUGUAAACAAAGUAUUAUUUUGACCUCCCUUAAUAUAUAGAAAAUCUAAAUUUUUCUAAAAACUUAAUUAAUUGCUAAAAGGCAACAGAAGCAAAAUAUGAUUCAGGAUAAACCAUACAUGUAUCUGGCAAGGUGUAACAGGUGAGCUAUAUAGGGGCAUCCUUGCACUCUUGUUUAUGAUCAAAAAGCCUGACAGUAUUAUUUUAUGGACAAAAAGGAGAUAUGGCAUUUUAUUGAAGGAAAAGCGCUUUUUAUUUCCUCCCUUUAUUUAUUAUUUGAUACAUGUUUGUAUUAUAUAAUGCAGUUCAUUCAGGCUAUCCCUCUUGCUGUUCAACAUGUCUGUAUAUAGAGAAUACCUGUAUGCUAGUGUUUGAUAUUACAAAAUUUAACAGGCAAGGCUAUGAUAUCAGACACUUGCUUGGUAUUCUAUUUAUCAUGUUUUCAAUUAAAUACAUGUAUGAGUUCCUUCUUUUAUUUUAACUUCAAAUGAAACAAAAACCUGUCAAGAACUUCCGCGAACAGUAAUACGCUUAGGGUCAUAUCAAUAAGAAAUAGUCCUGAAUGUUUUUAGUCAAAUGUAAGAGAGACUUAAAUGUUUAAGUGCCAAUUUGAUUUAAAGUUUAUCUAUCAGCUUAAUGUUUAAGUGCCAAUUUGAUUAAAAGUUUAUCAGCUUCAUAUUUUCAAACUAGUUAGAGGUAAGAAUAUUCCAUUCUCUUUAUUUUAGUUUGUAUUGAUGAGGUGUCUGAUAAAGCUACAGGAUGACUGAUAUAGCUAAAGUUAUCAGGCAUGCACUUUAUCAGCAGAAAUCAAUGGAAUAACAUGAUAAAUUUCAAUAUCUCAUUGCAGAUAUUUUCACUGCUAAAAUAUUUAAAUAAGAUAUGUAUAUUUGUCAUAAAAAUGCAGGAUACCUCUAAAUAUGUAAAAUAAAGGCUCAAUAAAUUAAACUUUAGACAAUGGCAAUGGUCUUUUUAUACUAUGAUAAAACAUACAAAUAUGAUAAAACAUACAAAUAUGAUAAAACAUACAAAUUUCAUUACCAAAACAUACAAAUUUCAUUAACAAAGGUCUCUGUUAUAGAUUACAUAAUUUGCUUUUUUAUUAUUGAUUAUCUCAAUGUUGUUUGUAAAGUUUGUUCUUUAAUCAAACCAGCAUCUGACUAAACUACAUGCAAUAAGUAUAUAUAUUGUUCAUGCAAGAUUUUCUUAAGAAAUUCACAAACUCUUAAAUGUCCAUUUUGAUGCUAUGAAAAAAGUGUGACCAUUUAUGCAUUCAAUGUUUUAUCCAAAAUGAUUGUUGUCAUCAGUUACUGUUGUUUUUAUAGAAUAUUCAAUUGUUUGACCUUGGCCUACCAUUUUGUGUUUUUGUAUUUGUAAUUCAAUCUUCAGCCCUAAGAUUACUUUUUGGGGGGACAAAGUUAUGUCCCUUUUAUUUUCAAACAUUUGUGCACGCAAAAAAUCUACCUUUGGGCAUUUGCAAAACUUUUGUGACGCAAAUAUAUCCAUUUGUACAGUACUACUUUACAUGUCAUCUUUCUAUCAACAUAAAGAUUUCUUCUAUUGAUUUUGGGGUAUUUGUUCAAAGGUCAAGGUCGCUUUGACCUUUGCCACAAAAUACCUUGUCAAACAUAUAACAGGACAACACUUUGGCUUAGAAUUGUUAAAUCUGUUGCGGAGUUUGUUUAUUACUAGUGUAGAUGACCUCAUACGAUUUUGAGUUUAGUUAAUCAAAGGUCAAGGUCAGUGUGGCCUUGACUGCAAAAAGCAUGUCCCACCAAUAAUGAUGCAUUGACCUACAGUCGGAGAUUGAUUAUGACAAGUACAUGACCUGUGUUCAUAAAGUCUGACAUUCAUUUCAGAGAAGGAAGAUUUGAGAUAAGAAAGGGUAUCUAAAGUUUCUUUAAAAUUGUCAUUUAUAAAUUUCAAAACCAUAAUUAAUGUGGUGUUAAAUGUUGUUAGUUUAUAGUUCCUGUAUGUAUUUAUUUAUAUUGUACAAUUUUCUACAUGCUUUUACGUGUACAUUGUAUUUAACUGUUAGUGGU